ACUUCCUAUAAGAUUUGGUCAGAAUUCCUAUUUAAAACACAGAGAUAUAAUUUACAAACGUAUUAGACCAGUCAUCGAGCAACGUCUUAAGAGUAAAAAGGAAUUAGGUGACGCUUGGGUUGCUCCUGUAGAUAUGCUACAAGCUCUCUUAAACGAUCCAGAAAUAGCUCCAGAUCUCGAUCCCAAUAGUGUAGAUUAUAAUUAUAUUCUUGAUACUAUUGGCGAAACUAUUUUUGUUUCUGUGGGAACUACUUCUAAACUCGCAGCCUACGCGUUAUAUGACUUGGCGGGAAGAAAAGAAUAUUGGCAAGAAUUAUACCAGGAGGCUCAAGAAAUUAAUAAACAGUGCAAUGGAAAACUUAAAUCUGAAGAUAUUGCUAAAAUGGUGAAAUUGGAUAGUUUUGUUAAAGAAUCCUUAAGAUUAUCCAAUUGUAUAUUGUUUAUGCCGCAUAAAUGUAUUUCUAAAUCUCAUUAUACGUUUGAAAAUGGUUAUCAAAUCCCAAAUGGUCGCAUAGCUAUGAUUAAUUUCAUGGACAUAACUAAUGAUGAAAAACUUCAAG